AUGACAGACGCAAAGCGCUGGAAGGCCACGGUCUACGUGGGCGGGCUGGCCAGCCUGGUCAACCCGACAAACCUGCACGAUGCGUUCAUCCCCUUCGGCGAGAUCGCCGACGUGUCUCUGCCCAAGAACGACAAGCCGGACGCCACGGAGCCGCACCGCGGCUUUGCCUACGUCGAGUUUGAGGACGAGCAGGACGCCAAGGAGGCCAUCGACAACAUGGAUCAGUCGGAAUUCUUCGGCCGGGUGCUCAAGGUCUCGGCGGCAAAGGCGCCCAAGAGCGCCGACGAGGGGCUAGGCAGCAAAACCGCCGUAUGGCAGCAGGAGAGCUGGCUGGCCGCACACGCGGUGGGAGAGGAGGACAGGUUAGCAGCCGAGGCGGCACGGAGCGCGGAUGACCGGCCGGAGGAUCCCAUGCAGGGCCUCGAGGGACUGGAUGUGGCCGGACCCAGGCCGGAAUGA